AUGGCCCGUGCCGCCUACCACCUGAAUUCACAGCUAGUCUUGAUGGAUGACCCCUUUGCAUCCGUGGAUGCGCCAACGGCCAAAGUCAUCAUGGAGAAGCUGCUGCUUGGAAGGCUCAUGGAAGGUAGAACUUGCGUCGUGGCCACGCAGCCCGAUGUCGAGCGUCUUAGCAAGUUUCACAGUGUAGUGUUGAUGGCCGAAGGGAAGGUCGUGCUCCAAGGCGAUCCAGAAACAGUCAUGGCCAGCGAGGCCUUCCAGAUGCUGCUUAGCAGCCGCGAGGGCGAGUCCUUCACAGCGCAGGAGGAUGCAGAGCCAAAAGUGAAGCGAAAAGCUUCAAAAAGCCGCGAGCAGGCAGAAUCUCUGCGCGAAGAAGAAUUUGAAGGGCGGCCCUCGAUCGCGCUGGUGAAAGACUACGCACAGAUUGGCCGAUACCGCCACUUGUUUUCCGCGUGCCUUUUGCUGGCCGUAAUGGUCUACGUUUUCCUCCUCUGCGACUUAGUUAUAGCACAUUGGUCGAACGAGCUGGCCCUCAAUCCCACAGCCAGCUCGCGCCCGUACCUGACGGCUUACAUGUUUUGGCUACUGCUUUCGCUGGUGUUCUUCGUGUUCGGAUGGCACCAGGGCCAGACGUUCACCAUGCGCCUGUCCGCCGCAAUCCACAACCGAGUGAUCCACAAGCUCCUUCGAGCACCCAUCGACCGCUUCUUUGACAAGCAGCCUGUGGGUCGCAUCAUGAGCCGCCUGGUGGGUGACUUGGCAAGCGUCGAUUUGUCCCUCUAUGCGAAGACGCUGCAGACGGUCACGACCAUCCUUGCUACAAUCACCCCCCUGCUCUACGUGCACACCAUGGUCCCCAUGCUCAUUUCAGUGAUGGCGCUGCCGCUCUACUACGUGAUCUUUGCCAUCUACACACGGUACCGGAACACUUCGGUGCCUAUGCGAUAUUGUUUUGCGAGCACGAAGUCAGAUAUGAACGGCUUGCUCACCGACGUAAUGUCCAGCACUGCAGCUAUCCGCGCCUACGGAGACGAGGAGCGGCUCUCCAAAGAGAUGUGCAUGCAAAUGGACAAGACGCUCAAGGUGUGCAUGAUGAGUCACAACGUGCUGAGACGUUGGCUGGGAAACCGUGUACAGUACUUGUGGGGCUUCCUGACCAGCACAACCUAUGUGGCUGGACUGCUGUAUCCCGACAAAGUUGGCGCAGGGACACUGGGUGUUUGCAUAACCAACCUAUUGAUGAUGCAAAACUUGAUCGAGAGCAACAUCGACAGUGCCAUCGGGUCGCUCUUCGAGAUCAUUGCCCUUGCGAGGAUCCAUGAAUACGUGGAUGUGCCGCAAGAGAGAUGCUUGACAAGUAACACUGAUGCUGCGUACCGCAGCUUUACAGUGCGAGUUCCCCGAAGCGCCUUGGGUGUGUUGAAGUGGUGGCGCCAUGGCGAGAUUGUGCAGGUCUUCCGAGGUGGAAAGCUAUUGUUGCAGUCCUCUGCAGACAACAAGGCUUUACUGCCAGCGGCUGCCUUCGAAAAAGAGGGCUCCCAGCUGCACGACCUUUGCCUUCAGAAUGCAAGACUACGCGAGGCACACGCCUGGCACCGGCUCAUUGGGGUCAGUGAUGUUGUUGGCGAUGCAGAGCAGAUGGCGCGUGAGCUUUGCGGCGAAGGAGCUCGCAGCCCUGACGUGGUGCUGGACGUGCGCAGUGGCUGGGUCGCAGAUGGUGCAAAGGUCGAGCUGGAGAAUGUGAAGGCUGGCUAUGCCGACAUUCCUCGAGAUGUGCUCAAGGGAAUUAACCUUGUGUUCCAGCCCAAGACCAAAGUCGGUAUUGUGGGCACCACUGGGUGCGGCAAGUCGAGCCUUCUCUUGGUGCUUCUGCGCAUCCUGGAGCCAAGAGCUGGACGGGUUCUUAUCAACAAUGUGGACACGCAGAAGCUUGGCCUCAUGACCUUGCGUGGAGCGUUGGGUCUGGUGCCACAGGAUCCCAUUCUUUUCACCGGCAGCUUACGUCACAACCUGGACCCCUUGGAGUAUUACACGGACGGCCGAAUCUGGGAGGCUUUGCGCUGUGCGCACCUCGACGGCCUUGUGCGAUCCUUCGUGGGCGGUCUGGACUAUCAGGUCAGCGACGAGGGCUCCAACUUAAGCUUCGGGCAGCGGCAACUUUUCUGCUUAGCGAGGAUGGUGUUGAGGCAGCCUUCGCUGCUGCUGUUGGAUGAGGCGACAUCCGCUAUUGAUCCUCGGACGCAGGAGAACGUGCAGGAAACUAUCAGUCAUGCUUUUCCUGAUUCGACACUGGUGGCUAUUGCACAUCGUCUGGAGACGGUGCUCGAAUUUGACCAAGUGGUAGUGCUGGAUUCCGGGGAGGUUGAAGAGCAAGGCACGCCGAAGGAGCUCCAACAGCUCCAGGACUUGAUCAAAGCCCUGGAUGUAAAAGCCCAUACUUAUACACGGGGAUCCCUUUCAUACGAACCCCGAAGAUGGCCAGUUUCGGAGGAUGCUCGCGGCAAAGAAGGUGUGGUGAACCCCUCGGCAGACCAAGGCUCCCCAGCGAGCGCAGGACUCACAGCCGUGCAAAACGUCGUUCAAAGGCCGCCCGACACUUUUGACUUGACAUGCCCUUAUCCCAUGUCGGUCCUGGCCCCAUCGGGUUCCGAGGAGGCCGAGAAGAAGGUGCUGGGCCUAUGCAAGCUCUAUGUGCUCCGUGAGGAUGCCUGGGAGGACAGAGGAACUGGGCGGGCCUCUGUUAAUGCCGCUGCGAGAGACAAGAGGCUGCAAGUGCACAACGAAGCCGGCGAGGUGCUUCUCUACGUGCGAAUCUCGGGCAUGGUCGGACAUGGCUAG